UACAAUGAAUCUAAAAUGAGUCAAAGAAAUAGCAUAAGGGCAGAAGUAAAUGACAAUGAAGGAGAAUCAGAAUACACGUGGCAGGUCAAAGCCAAUGACCGACUGUUUCAUCACUCCUUUAAAAAGAAGAGGUUUCUCUUUUUCAAGAAAGAUAAAUAUGCUGACAACAGCAUUAGGACAAGUAAAUACAACGUCAUUACAUUCCUUCCUUUUAAUCUGUUCGAACAGUUCCACAGGGUAGCAAACCUGUACUUCCUGUUAAUAGUAAUCUUACAGACAGUGCCUGCUAUUUCCACUCUGCCAUGGUUUGCCGUAAUGAUUCCUCUACUAUUCCUUCUGUUUGUACGAGGAUUCAAAGAUCUGCUACAUGAUAUUGCACGGCACAGAAGUGACACAGCCAUAAACAACAGGCCAUGUGACGUCCUUAUGGGGCGAAGUUUCUGCAGAGAGAGGUGGAGGGACAUACAGGUUGGGGAUAUUCUUCGCCUGCAAAAGGAUGAUUUUGUGCCAGCAGACAUGCUUUUGCUCUAUAGCUCGGAACCUAAUAGCUUGUGUUAUGUGGAAACUGCGGAAUUAGAUGGAGAGACAAACCUAAAGUUUAAACAAGCCUUAUCAGUCACCCACAAAGGACUGUGCACAGACGAAUCAGUUGCAGAAUUUGAUGGUAAAGUAACUUGUGAAGAACCCAAUAGCAACAUGCACACCUUUAUUGGAACACUGGAAUGGAAUGCACAAAAAUAUUCGUUGGACAAUGAUCAUAUUCUUUUACGAGGCUGUAGGAUUCGGAACACUGAGUCAUGCUAUGGACUGGUGAUUUAUGCAGGAUUUGAUACCAAAAUCAUGAAAAACAGUGGCAAGGUUGCAAUAAAAAAGACCAAGCUAGAUCAUAAGAUGGAUAACCUUGUGGUUAUUGUUUUUGGGAUUCUGAUUUUCUGCACACUAUGCCUCGCUAUAACUGCAGCAAGUUGGGCCAAAUGGUUUGAAGAAAGGCACCACUAUAUCCCUUCCCUGCAAGAUGUUACACCGGCUCACAGUGCAUUCCUUAUCUUCUGGGGUUAUAUUAUACUGAUGAGCAGCAUUGUGCCUUUGUCUAUGUAUAUCACGCUUGAAUUCAUCCAUUUGGUCCACAGUUUGUUCAUUGACUGGGAUGUGGAGAUGUAUUUUUCUCAAAACAACACGCCAGCCAAAGCUCGUUCAACUAACUUGAAUGACCUUCUUGGUCAAGUUGAAUAUGUUUUCUCUGAUAAGACUGGUACUUUGACCCAGAAUAUUAUGACCUUUAAAAAAUGCUGCAUUAAUACAAGAAUCUAUGGUUCAAACACAGAAGAUGAGAAGAAUCUUCAGAAGGUGAAUUUCAGUUGGAAUAAAUAUGCAGAUAACAAGUUUUGUUUUUAUGACCAAUCUCUAAUCGAUAUGGUUCGGCAAAAUGGUGAUGAGCUGUUAAGGGAAUUCUUCCGGUUACUGGCAAUAUGCCACACAGUAAUGGUGAAUCGAAAGGGAGAUGAACUCAUUUACCAAGCUGCAAGCCCUGAUGAAGAGGCACUGGUAACAGCAGCCAGAAAUAUGGGAUAUGUUUUUAUUUCCCGAACACAAGAUACCAUUACUACAAAUGAACUUGGAGUGGAGAGGACAUAUAAAAUAUUGGCUCUCUUUGACUUCAACAGUGUCCGCAAAAGGAUGUCUGUCUUAGUGAAAGACCCAGAUGGAAAAAUUAAGCUUUAUACUAAAGGUGCAGAUGAUGUCAUUCUAGCACGCCUCCAUCCGUAUUGUUCAGAUAAAGAAAUAACAGAGGAAGCUCUGGAUUUGUUUGCAAAUGAAACCCUCAGAACAUUGUGCACGGCCUACAAAGAAGUUGAUGUUUCCUUUUACAUGGAAUGGAGUAAAAGAUACCAUGAGGCGAAUGUAUCACUACUGAAUCGUGCAGGCAAUCUAGAGAUGGUUUAUGAUGAAAUGGAGGUGAAAUUACAGCUACUUGGUGCCACUGCCAUUGAAGAUAAAUUACAGGAUCGUGUUCCAGAAACAAUCCAGUUACUCAAAGAUGCAAACAUAAAAGUAUGGGUACUUACUGGAGAUAAGCAAGAAACAGCCAUCAAUAUUGGUUUCUCAUGCCGAUUACUUUCUGAUGACAUGGAGAUUUUGGACGAAGGACAAAUAUGUGAUACUCUGAAUUCUUACUGGGAAAAUAACAACAGCUUGUCAAGCAGUAGGUUGGAUCUUCUGCGCCGCAACAUUUUCAGGAAGCAUGGGAACAGUCUGAAGGGUAGGAAAGUUGGCCUGGUGGUCAACGGAGACUUUCUGAAUGAAAUUUUAGGCAGCUGCAACCAAAAGGAUAACAAGCACUCGCUUUUGAAAAGACUAGCAGAAAAAUGUUGCACCAGACGGAUAAGUCAUAGUGAAAGCGAGGAGAGCCUAAGGGAAUGGGCAUUUGUGGAUUUGGCUUCCCAGUGCCAGACAGUUAUCUGCUGCAGAGUCACCCCAAAACAGAAAUCUAUGAUAGUUCAGCUUGUGAAGAAAUAUAGACAAGCUACCACCCUGUCCAUUGGAGACGGUGCUAAUGAUGUCAACAUGAUAAAAACUGCAGACAUUGGGGUUGGUAUUAGCGGUCUGGAAGGGACCCAGGCUGUCCAGUCCAGCGACUAUGCAUUGGCUCAGUUUUGCUUCCUUCAACGGCUACUUCUUGUCCAUGGACGCUGGUCUUACCUCCGCAUCGCCAAGUUCUUACGUUAUUUUUUCUACAAGACAUUUGCCUCUGUCCUAACCCAUGUAUGGUUUGCAUGUUUCAAUGGAUUCACUGCUUUGGUUGUAUAUGACCCCUGGUACAUUACCUUUUAUUCUAUUUUGUUUACUGCUUUUCCAGUACUGUCUUUAGGAUUGCUAGAACAGGAUGUAAGUGAUAAAGUAAGCCUACAGGUGCCAGAAUUAUAUAAAGUAGGGCAGUCUGAUUUGCUCUUCACCUACAAGACUUUUUCUUGGUCCUUCCUGAAGGGAGUUAUAACAUCAAUGGCAACAUUCUUUGUUACAUUUGGAGCCUUUGUAGACACUGCUGGUCCUGAUGGUAUAUGCGAUUACCAGGCUUUUGCAGUAACAACAGCGACUUCUGUGAUUUUGGCUGUCACUUUGGAGAUCACCUUCGAGAUCUCGUUUUGGACUCUACUAUCCGUACUUGCUGUUCUCCUAAGCCCUGUGAUUUACUUCCUGAUGUCGCUUCUCACUCAAACGUAUCCACUGUUCAGAGCCUUGCCUACAAUGUUUAGUUUCCCAGAUGUCAGCAAAACAACGCUAAGUUAUGCAUAUAUCUGGCUUAUCAUCCUGUUGGCAGUUGUAAUCAGCCUCCUGCCGUCUCUAGUUGUUAGUUUCGUUACCAAACACAUUUCUCGUAACCAAGUGCACCAUGUAAGUAUCAAUCAUGAAUACAAAGCCGUUGCCGCCUUAAAGGUAAAUACAGUUGCAAUGGGGACACCUUUUAAAAGAGGAACUUUACACCGCAGGUCAAGCUAUGCCUUUUCACACAGAGAAGGUUAUGCUGAUCUUAUCACAUCGGGUAGAAGUCUGCGCAGGGUGUCUGGCACAGUGGACGGCACAGUAAAGACUAAGCAAUCUAGCUCUGUGGGUUGUGAAUAAUUUGGCAAUAGUGUAUAACAAAAAACAAAUCCUAUUUCCUGUGCAAUAUUUUAACAUUUUUAGUUGUGUCUCUUAUAUAAAGUCUACAUUAUUUCGCAAUCGGCCUUAGUACAAUGUACAAUGUGUGCUGCAAUGAUUUGUAUAAAAGUAAUGUUCUCCCUUCAUAAAGGCUGAAGUAAAUGAAAUCAAUCUACUUUGUGUACCUACAAUGUUUCCAGAGGUGCCGUUGUAAAAGGGGGGAAAAAAAACACAACCACCAUCAAUGGAAUGAUUAAAAAAUUUAUUAAACAUAAAUUGCAAAAACAUACAACACACUGGAAAACCAGAAGAGAUGUACACAUGUAAGAUGCACUUUUUUUAUAUAAAAAAUGCACAACA